AUGAAUGAACGAAACAGAUGGAUAAUACAAUGGGUAGUUUUCAUUAGCGAUAAGUUGGACAGGCGAAUAUUUCCGGCAUUUAAAGUGAAACUUUCCGGUUUGGAUAAACGUUCCAAGUAUAUUUUAUUAAUGGACAUUGUACCAGCUGAUGAAUGCCGCUACAAAUUUCACAAUUCACGAUGGAUGGUAGCUGGUAAAGCAGAUCCGGAAAUGCCAAAACGUAUGUACAUACAUCCGGAUAGUCCAGCAACCGGUGAACAUUGGAUGACAAAAGGAGCAAAUUUUCAUAAAUUAAAAUUAACGAAUAAUAUUUCCGAUAAACAUGGCUUUGUAAGUUUUAUUUUUAAUUUCAAGCAAAAAAAAAAAAAAUGGACUAAAUGA